CCAGCGCGUGUUUCUGCAAGAUCAUUAUCAGAAGAAAAAAAAAACUGCUGCGGGACUCGACACGCACUCUCUCUCCCUCUCUCUCUCUCUCACACACACACACACACGCACGCACAGAGUCCAGAGGAGCUAGACGCGGUAGCGGAGUCUGAUCGAACUCGAAUAGAAACCGAGGAAAUACCAAAACUGGAUUUUUUUUUUGCACGGCGCUAUCCGAGCGGGACUUUGGAUAUUACGUUGUUUUUUCCCCACCGCAGUGGAAAAGGAUCCACUCGAGUCGAGUCGAUCCACCCCCGAGUGUAUAUGAUUCGCGCGAGAAGCGGAGCAGUGCAGUAGGACGGUGGUGGUGGUGCGGUGGUGGUGGUGGUGUUUUCCCCCUGCAGAUGAACUCUCGGUCCAGCUCAGUCAAAAAAACCCUGCAGCGCGCACAGCUUUCUGCUUCACUCUCUGCUUUCUUGCAGCAUCCGACUUUCGAUUUGCAAUCCUCUCCGUCUCUGGUAAUCGAUUGGUCAUCUGUCGUUUCGGGUUUUUUUCUCCCUCCGUUUGACGCCAUUUUACCCUCAUAAACACCGUUCUUUAAGAAAAAAAAAAAAUCCGAUUGCGAAGUUGUCAGUGAUCACAUUCAUGUCACCGGAUGGAUUUGCUCUUAAGGACGUGACCGAGCGCUUCGGAAAUAAUGGGUCUCUGACUGUGCAGGUUGUGGUCUGUCUGAUGUCUGAGAGGUGUUUAUCACUGGGCUAGAGGCCUCAUUUGUUCACUUUCACACCACGACUGGGGUUACUCAACUGACCACCAAAGCAAAUGAGCUGUCUUACGCCAGGAAAUGCAUACAUUUGCAAGAUUUGUACGAUUCAAGGAGCAAUAGAGUCGAGAUCCAUCACAUCCCUUUCUGACUGAAGACGAUCCACUGUCACCGGCACCCCCUGCGUGUCAUCUUGGCUCCCUCCUGGUUCCUACGUCUUGAAGCAAGUCUUGGAAUCAUUGAUGGAGCAAAGGGACCUAGUUCGCACUGCAAGGCCCAAAGGGAAUGAGGAGUUCUUCUCCACCGUGACCACCAUCAACAGGGCCGAUCUUACCGAGGUGGGCCUUCUGACCACCCCGGUAAAGGGGCUUGGUCUGGCUGGCGAGCAGCAGGAGCACGAGGAGGAUGAAGACCUCGGCCUGGGUAAAGACGUGGACGCCGCUUCCAACGCGGACAGCGAGAAGUGGGUGCAGGGAGACAGCCUCGAGGAGCAGGAGUUCUCCAUCAAAGAGGCGAGCUUUUCAGAAGGCAGCCUCAAAUUGAAGAUCCAAACCACCAAGCGGGCCAAAAAGCCACCUAAGAGCCUAGAGAACUACAUCUGUCCACCGGAGAUCCGUGUCACCAUUAAACAACCGGGCGGCCAGAAGACGUCGAAGCAUGGCAAGUCCAGUAAAGGUGGAAAGGAAGAAGAAAUCGGACCCCCUAGAAAGAGGACCUAUGAGAGGCCUUUCAGAGUUGUGGCUCAAAAUGACAACAACAUGAUGGAUGUCCUUGGGGAGAACCUGAGACCAAAACACGAGCCCAAAUCUGACAUUCACCAACUGGAUUGGACAAAGCCCGUAUUAAGAGAAUCAACAUCCCAAGGGGACCAAGGGAGAGAUCCGGAAUCAAAACAAGAAUCAACAUUCAAUAACAAGAGCCUUCUGUCAGAGGUCAACACCCCUUUCUCAAAGGCGCAAGUUAAAAAGGUCACAGAAGGUUCAUCUGGAAGUCUGUUUGCUACGGAAAUGACUUGUCCAGGUUCUGACUCACAGGCUACUUCUCCAGCUGAUAUAACAAUGAGUGCACUAGCAGAAUCUAAUAUGUUGAUACAUUCCUCUUUAAGUAAAGAAAGAGAUUUGCAGGAGGUCACUGAGCAAGUCUUUGGGAACAUUAAAAGGAAGUAUGGCAGAAGGGCUCUGACCACCCAUAAUGGAGACCUGCCCUGGGCAAAAAAGACUGACAAAGAAAGUGAGAAAACAGCUCAAGACAAUAUGAAGAAUAAACUGUUUAACUCAGAAAAAAAUGAGACUCUGAGGGAGGAGGUAGAAAAAUCAAUAAAGAGGCCAGAAGAAGAUUUCAAAACAAUAGCAAACUGUGUUCCACAUCACACAGAUGAACUUAAAAGCAAAAAGAAGAAAAGCAGAAGAUUAACUGAUGAUGACACCUUUUUGGAGCACGUACAAACCACACAGACAGUAGAAAUAAAAGAUAAGGCUGACCAAGGUGCUACGAAACCUAAAGAAGCAAACAAAAUGGAAUUGAGUACAGGAAAGCAAUUUGCGCUAGAUUCACAGAGGCUAGGGGAAGAGAGUGCAUCAGCAGGGGCAACUGUGGAAAUUUCUGAGAAUAGGCACAAGAAGAAACCAGUCGGGAGACAACAAUCAUUGAUUGAUCCAGAGAAGCAAGCAGAUGGGAGGCAAUCAAAGUUCAAGGACAGAUUGGUUUAUUUGAAAUCUAAGAGCUCUGCUCCCCACACCGACCUUAAUCUGGCGAUGCCCAUUGAAGAGCCACCCUCUGCUUUCCCCAUUACACCAUCCAGCCCACUAUACACCAACACAAACAGUCUGACCGUCAUUACACCCAUAAAGAAAAAACGGGGUAGACCUAAAAAACAACCACUACUUACUGUUGAGACAAUUCAUGAAGGAACAUCAACCAGUCCUGUUAGUCCGAUCAGCCAGGAUUCGCCGAGCAUGUCAAAGAGGCGGAGGAAGAAACAUAAUUUAUCAAAAAUAAUGCAGCAGGUCUUAAAUGAUUCCCCAACAUUACCAGGUGGGAAAUAUAAAAGAUCAGGUCAGGCUGGUGUCCUUAAAAAGAAACCGACUAAGAAAGUGAAACUGGUUAAAAUGCAGAGCAUUUUGAAUGAACUUCUGUCCUCUUCAAGCACUAGUAAUCUGGCUCUUAAAUCUAGUGUUCCGGUUUCCAGUGCCGUGUCAACUGUGGCAUCGACAAUUGAAGCCCGUUUAGGCAAGCAAAUCAACGUCAGCAAACGUGGGACUAUUUACAUUGGCAAAAAACGAGGGAGGAAGCCUAAAGCUGAGCUUCAGCCUCAGCAAGACGAGCACAAAGCCAAUGAUGAGCACUUGUUGCCUGUUUCAAGUCCGUUCGAGAACCUUCUAGUGCCUUCUAAUUCAUUAUUAACAACCAGAAUGCCUUCUCCCAGGGUCAUGCAGUCUCUCUCAGCUCAGUCCUUAGCAGGUGGACUGGCAUACCAUGCCACCACAGAAACCAGCCAGCAUGACCUGAAGACCAUGCCAAAUCUACAGCCUAUCAGUGCUUUGCCCACAAAAACUCAGAAGGGUUUGCUCAGCAGUAGUAACUGGAAACUCUCUCCUCCAAGACUUAUGGCCAACUCGCCAUCUCAUCUGUCUGAAGUGGCAUCCAUAAAAGAGGUCACCCUGUCUCCAGUUAGCGAGUCCCACAGUGAAGAGACAAUCCCAAGCGAUAGUGGCAUUGGUACUGACAAUAACAGCACAUCAGAUCAGACAGAGAAAGGGCCAGCAUCCCGCAGGAGGUACUCUUUUGAUCUUUGUGGUUUUGAAGCAGCAGAGGCUGCUGUGCUGGAAGCUGCAAAUAAAACAACCAGAGGGCACUAUCAAAAGCACGCAACAUCAGUGGCUAUGGAAAAUUUCCUUGCUCAAGAAAGCCUCAAGAAACAGAAACAUCGAAGGAAGCGGAAGGGUCUUACAAGCAGGGAUGAUCUUCAGUUUCUGGCUGACCUUGAGGAACUUAUUAACAAGUUCCAGUUCUUCCGAAUUUCCCAUCGCAAGUUUUACCAUGAGAACUCUUACCCCAGUAUUUUCCGCCUAAACUUUGACCACUACUACCCUAUGUCUUACUACCCAUACGAUCCUGUGCACUAUCUUCGCAGGAGUUCUGAAAAGUCCAAGAGAAGACGUGGCAGGCCAGCCAAAUCAGCUGAACCUAUAACGAAGAUGCCUUUUAUUCAAGGGUUCGGCUACUCAGCAGCCAGUGGCAAUUACUAUGCACCCUACGCAAUGCCUUACACAGCCAUGCCUCUUGCCACAAGUAUGAUGAACAUGGGGUAUUAUGGGCAGUAUCCUCCUCCUUUGUAUUUGUCCCAUGCACUUGGAUCUUCAGGCACGCAUCUCAUGCGGCCUCCGGUUCCUCCACCAAAGUUCCACUCCAGUGGGUUAUCUAGCCUCUCCACUGGCAACAGGCAUAGAAUGAAGAACUUACCCCAUGAGAUGUCUUCUCCCAGGAUGGCUGAAACGCAUCAUCCGUCAAGCAGCUGUUUGGCUAGUGUGUGUCUCCACAAACGCAAACAUAAGCAUAAGCACAAGCAUAAGGAGGAUCAGCACACAGUCCCACAGAGAGAGAACCUUGGUGGACUCUUUAGCGGAGCAUUACCGCUUUCUAAGAUAAAGGACAAGCAGAGGAGCCAGCAAAGUAUGGAUACUUCAUCUAAGCCAUCCAGGAACUACUUUGAAGUAGACACACUCUCAUCGUUGUCCUUAUCUGACUCUCAGAACUGUAAACAUCCUCGAGAAGAGCCACUGAACAACUUCCUGAACAUGUGCACUAAGCAACCACAUGAACGGCUGCGAGCCAAUCAGGAGCAGCCACUGGACCCAUUCAAGGGCCAGCACUUACAAGAUGAGGGUUUGCGCAUCAGGAGUAGGAGGCAUAGUUUGGAAGAGUUGGCAGCAUAUAGUGAAGGGGGCAUGGCGUCUUUCCAGAACGACACAGAAGACAGGAUGAAGCAGAUGUACCAUUGUGGCAACGCAGCCAUCGCAGAACUGGGCUCCUACAAUAAGAGGUACAAGCAGACAGAGAUUGAGGAGAUGCAGAGUGACAUGAGGAAGAAGCAUGCGUUCUCCAAGAUCCUCACCAGCAAGAGAAGCCUAGACCACGUCAACAAGAUCCUGAAGGUCAAGAGGCUCCAGCGGCAGGCCAAGACAGGCAACAACGUGGUGAAGAGGCGGAGAGGGAGACCGCGAAAGCAGACAAUUGUCCCAGACGAAGACUUCUUGGCUCAGAUGCCCGUGCUGGAAAAGUGCAUGGACUUUCCAGGUAAAAGGAACCUCCCAAGCAGCCCGAUGCUCACCCAGCCAGAGUUCUCCAGCCAAGACUCUAUCGCAGAUGCCAUUGAGGCAGUGGUACACCAGGCCCGAGCGCAGCCCAAUCCACAGAUGGCUAAGCCCUACCCUAAAUAUCAGCCAGAGGAGCAGGUAGAGCGUCCAGCACGGCGAGGCAGGGCGAGCAGAAGGGACGAACCAGCUUCUCAUUAAGAGUUUCAUUAACAGUGCACUGUGAGUUUGACUUGCACUCCAACCUUUGGAUAUUUUCUAGGCAUUAUGGUUGUCUUUUCUUUUAAUCAGCUCUACUGAACUGGGCAUUCUGUGAGAAUCAUGAAUGUGGUCUAAAAAGUGCCCCUUUCACUUUGUAUAUGCCGUCACCGCAAGCUCUUUUUUUUUCUUCUUCUUCUAAUUUUUUUUUUUUUUUGUAAUGGAAUUGUUCUUGUGCUGAGCUUUUUACUUUCCCAAAGCCCAUAAGGAUUUUAAAACAAUGGCUAUAGCCAUGAUCUUACCAGCAAGUGUAAAUGAAAAUGGAAAAAAAAAGAAAAAAAAAAAAAGUUUUUGAACUUCUAAUAGAGUACUGUGCACUUUUGGGGUUUCUUUGCCUUUUUUGGUUCUCUUAAGUCAAAGCACAGUUAUUAUAAUAAAGAUCAGUGUCAUAAAACUGGUCAGUUCACACACACAAACACACACACACACACACACACUUACAUACUUACUUACUUGCCUGCGCUCAGGUUUGUUCCGGGCAUGAACUAAUGGCAAUACCCUUGAAUUGAAUGAGACUCUUCUACUAUCUUCGAUGGCUAUAGUUUAACUGUACAUAGAAACGUAAUCUACAAACAUUACAAAGUGAAAGUAUUUUAGAUUUACCUGUACUGUCCUCAUAUCAGCUAGAAAACUGUACAAUAUUCAAAUAAUGUUUUAACCAAAUACUAGACAUAGAUGUGACAUACAAAAGCUUGUGUUCAAAUGGAAAUGAAACCUACAGUAUUUAUUAAUCACAGCCAUAACGAAGUGGAUGCAUCACAGAUUGAAGGAUUGUAUUAGACAAUGGCAGUGUGUAAAGUCGAACCUUCAAAAAAAAAAAAAAACAUUAGCUAUAUACAUUAUAUGAUAUACUCCGUUCAUCAUGCAUGGGAAAAAAAAACAACAAAUCCUAUUCUUGCAUUUAAAAGCAACACAGCACUUACUCCAGUCUCCUUAUACGUGUUACAGAUUAGUAUUACACAUCGUCAGUGAUUAUUUUUUAUCUGAAUAACCAACAAUAUCUGGAAAGUAUUUUUUAGUAAUAUCGGUUAAUAUCGGUCAGUUGCUUGCCAAACACAGUAACUGGGUUGCCUUUUCCAGAGUCUAUUUGAAAAACGUGCCUGCUCAUAGUAGUAAUAUUAAAAAAAAAAUGAUAUUACUUUAUUACUUAUGAAGUAAUCGAAUAUAUUGACGUAACAGUCAGUAUUAGAUAUCCACACAACCAAAGCUUCAGUCGUGUCGUAGUUCAUAUUAUAGUUGGAUUUUUUUUGUCGUUGUUGUUUUUUUUUUUUUGUUUUAGAAAGUGUAACAUGGAAAUGUGUGGAUCCGAGAUGUUAGACUUCAUUACUGUAUACAGCUUAGCAUCUGAAUCCAGGCUUCAGUCUAGUGCAGUGUAGAGUGCUACGCUCUCUUUUAGAAAAUGUACGUUUAACUGGUCGUGACGCGGAAAGCGCCGUCGUGUGGUUUUUAUUUCUCAGCUGUUUCAUAUAUGUGCCUUAUGUUUGUCAAUAAGUCCAUAACAUUUCAGCUACAGGGAACAACGAAUGGCAAGAAAUAACGUUUAACUUACGCAUAUUCUCUAUAUUCUCAGUAUCCAGACAUGAUCAUGAAUGUACAUAGCGUCCGCUCUUUCUCCUGCUCCUUAGAUCUGAGAUUGUUUAGACGCACUUACGCAGAUAAGAUGAGAAGGGUCUUAUUAAAACAAUCCGCUCUCUAGGUAGCUACCCGGUCUGGUAUCGAUUGGAAUCGAAGUGUGUGUGUGCGUGUAAAAACGUGACAUUCAGGCUGAACAAGGCCGAACACAUACAAAAAUAAUUCAAAUUAAAUAAAUUUUCCAGUGUUUAAGGGUUAUCCGACGUUUGCGUUCUAAAUUACUAUGCAUCGGGUUCUACCUGCAAAUUGACCGACAAGAAAUGACCUAUUAAUUUUUUUUUUUAUCUUUUUAGUUUAAUUCAUCAAAGUGGUCUUAUUGAAAAGAAUCCGUAUCCUGCAUUUAAUUUUUUUUCUAGAAAUUUUAGUUUUUUCGCAAAAACAAGUGACUAUCAUUUCUUUUUUUUUCUUUUUUAUUAAAAUCUUAAUGCUGCAUAGGGCAGAAAAAAAUCAGCCACCGAGCAGCUGGGAGCCUUAAUCAUGCAGUCAACAAAUGAAACCCCGUAAAACAUUACAAUCAGCUGUCUGUUACUUAACAGCUCACAAAACAAAGUGGACCCUUCUUCUGUUAACCGGAAAUUAGAGCGUACCGUAGCCAGAAGUUGAAGAUUGCGCAACUCGUUUUUGCCAGAGCAGAACCCGGAGUCAGGCUACGAGCCGAGUUAGAUCCGAAUCAGAUUUGGCAGCUAUCCCCCUCUGCCUGUGGUACUACAUCGGACACUUCAGCAUGUCUCCUGUUCAGGAGACGGCACCUCGAACCGCCUGGAACGUUUUGCCAAAAAUAAAGACAUCCAUCGCUCAGUUGCUAUACUGAAAAAAAGAGUAAACCAAAUUCUAUACAGUAGCAGUAUUCCAAAUCAGUACCAUCAGUCUUUAGUUCAUCGAGGAGGAGUUAAUAGCAAGGUGUUUGGCAGCUCAUGUUUUCUCUACCAGCUGAUAAAAUGGUGCCUUGUGAAAUUAAGGUGUUUAUUUUGUUUCCCUGUUCCCCCCGCCUUACAUUCAGGCUGUUCAACAAUAAUCCUAACUCAUUGGGCUGUUUUGUGUUAUGUAAAUAUUGUGAAAUCAACUUCACGAUCAUGUUCAUGUAUUAAGCUCGAAACGCUAUUGAAGAAAUUCCAGUGCAGGUGAAGAAGUAUCAAUCGAAUGAUAAUGUACUCAAUAAGGGCACAAAAUGAGCUAAAUUUCUCAUGAUCUUUUUUUUUGGUUUUUCUUUUUUUUUGGUUUUUCUUUUUAAUACGUAAAUACGUAACUAUGACCAUUUUGAUAAUGCUUUACAUUUUCUGAACCUGCAUGCCCUAAUCGAUUGUAUGCACACCAAUUUUGAAGAAUAUCGGAUUUCAAUUUGGAGAUCUUAUACAUCGUUUGAUAAGUUUUUUGAAUAACUAGUUUUUAAUUCAUGAAACAUUUUUGUAAAUUGUAUGAAUAUGAAAAAAAAAGCAAUUAAAGGACAUAUAUAGGAAAGAAUAAAUAUUGAGAUACGCAAGCAUAUGCAUUGUACAUAAAUGUAUGUAGGAAUACGCCCUCAUGUUUUUUGUGUACCUGUGUAUACAGACGUUUAAAGAUAUGUAUACUGCAUUGUACAUAUGUACAUACAUUUAAGCUUGCAUGUGUUUGGUCAUAUUUGUUGUUCAUGAUCUUGUAGAGAGUCCUUUUUUUAUUAUUUCUCUUUCAACUUCAACUUUUUGUGCAACCAUCUCAGUGCAGUAUUGAGCACUUAAAGACAUUUGAUCUCGCUCAUGUCAUUCAUUGUGCAAAAAAAAUAAUAAAAUGAAAAGGAAUUUA